CUGUCAGAAGAAAUUUCCAGAUUCUGUUGGCUUUUUGUUGUUUAUUAACUGAUUGUUGCAAAAAAAGCGCGUUUUCCCAUCAUAACGGAUAGGAUAAAAGAACAAUUGCAAUUGUCAUGUCUGACAGCGAAAAACCUAUGGAGAUGAAGAAAGGAAGAAGUGAUCAGACAGUUCUGUUAGAUUGUACUCUAGACCAGGAUGGUGGUGUUUUGAAAGAAAUCGUCACACCUGGUGUUGGAGAGGAUACUCCCCUUGCCGGUGACAAAGUCAAGGUUCAUUAUAUUGGUUCCUUGACAAAUGGCACCAAGUUUGACUCCAGUCGUGAUCGGGACGAGUUCUUCGAGUUUACGAUUGGAAAAGGUGAAGUGAUCAAAGCAUGGGACCUUGGUGUUGCUACAAUGAAGAAGGGGGAGAAGGCGAUCCUGACUUGUCGACCAGAGUAUGCCUAUGGCGAGGCUGGUGCUGGGGCGGACAUACCACCAAAUUCUACCUUGCUAUUUGAGGUGGAGCUUUUUGACUGGAAAGGGGAAGACAUCUCGCCCAAGAAACACCCUGGAACAAUCAUUCGUCGUAUUCUCACCCAGGGUGAAGGGUUUAAGACUCCAGCUGAAGGAAACACAGUAGAUGUUCACCUUAUUGGAACAUACAAAGGAAGGGUUUUUGAAGAUCGUGAAGUUCAGUUUACUGUGGGUGAAGCUUCAGAGGAGAAUGUUAUUGAAGGAAUCGAUCAUGGGAUCCGCAAGUUCAAGAAGGGGGAAAAGUCCCGGCUGCAGAUUAAAUCAAGUCUGGCUUAUGGUUCAGCAGGGAAUGGGGAGUUUGAUAUCCCAGCAGAUGCUGACCUGACCUAUGAAGUGGAAUUAAAGAAUCUAGAAAAGACUCUGAAAGAAUCUUGGGAAAUGAAUGAUGAAGAAAAAUUAGACCAAUCAGAGAUGGUGAAAACAAAGGGCACUAAUUACUUCAAGGCAGGCAAAUAUAAACUGGCAGUGAAACAAUAUAAGAAAAUCACGGACUACUUGGAGCAGAGUGUCAAAGACAUGGACAAUAUGCAAAAGGACAAGGGGAAUGCCUUGCUUGUUGCAGCGUACCUCAAUAUGGCCAUGUGUCAUCUGAAGGACGAGAUUUAUCAUGAAGUUGCGACAAAUUGCGACAAAGCUCUUGAGUUGGAUGAAAAUAACGUGAAAGGGUUGUUCAGGAGGGGACAGGCUAGAUUUGCAAUGAAAGAUUACGAUGGUGCAGAGCGGGACUAUGCAAAGGCGAUAAGUUUUGACCCUGAAAACAAGGUCGUCAAAAAACAGCUAAUGAUCACUCGGCAGAAGCUUAAGGAUUUCAAGGAAAACGAGAAGAAGAAAUAUUUUGGGAUGUUUUCAAAGUUUGCUGAGAUGGAUUCUAAGGAAAAGGGAAAGAAUAUGCCAUACCAUGUCAAGAGUGAUGAAAAAGACAAACAGGCCGACGUCAUGGAAAAUGUGGAGGAAUGGGAAAACAAGAUGGCUGAUGGUAUGAUGUCUUUGGAACAGGAGGCGGAAGCAUUCGGGGAAGAAGUGAAACCGAAAACGGAGGCUCAGAAUGAUGAAACAACUAACGGAGAUGUAACUGAGGAUGGGGAGGUGAUUGAUCACUGAGGUGUGUGCGUGAUUGGAGCAGUUUGAUUUGACCAGCUGCUCGAAAAUGUCGGAGGGUGGCAUCAGGGAGCCAGAAAGAUUAUGCAUAUCUCAGAUGAAAUUGAAGCAUUUAUUUACUACAUCUCAUCUUCAAAGUCGCAACAGUUAUUAUUGUCCACGAUGGCCUCAUGGUUGAGCCUUUGCCGUAUGAAUGGAAAGGCAUUUCUUUCAAAAAUUGACUUUGUGCUGAUGAUGUCAUGGACACAUCUUACGUUUUCAUUGUAAUAAUCAGAUGGCAUUAAAUAUUCACAGAACAAAAAUGUGAUGAUUAAA